AUGCCCGCAACACGUUCCAAAUCAACACGCUCUAAAUCUAAAUCAGCAAGCAAGUCAAAACCAGGCAACGCCGGCAAAUCCAAAACUAACACUAAGAAACCCCGUCGCUUGCAAUGUGCUGCAACUCCAGAUGAGCAAGCUGUGGAUUCAAGUGAUGAGCCCAAAGUAGAAGAUGAUCACAAGAAAGAAGAACAUCAUGCUAUGCUGCCUACCCUGGCCAACUAUGCCAAUGUGGAUAUUGAAUGGACUGACACCUAUGCAGAUAAGCUUUUAGCCAGGCGCAAGACCGGCUCCAACAAUUGA